AUGUCGACCUUUGAAGAGGUCAUCGCCGGCGCGGUGGCCGACCGUGUCAUCCCGGGCGUCGUGCUGCUGGCCGAGGAUCUCAAGGGCUCCCAUUACGAAAACGUCCUCGGCUUCGGCUCUCUGGCCGCCGACGCGCCGGCCGAUCCGCUGCGUCUCGACUCCGUCUUCGCCCUCCUGUCGCUGAGCAAGCUGGUGACGGCCGUGCUGGUCCUGCGGGCGGCCGAGCGCGGCCUCGUCCAGCUAGACGCCGACGUGGCUCCUCUGCUGCCUGAGCUGGCCGCCCAAGCCGUGCUGACGGGAUGGGACGACGACGAGAAGCCGGUGCUCGAACCGCGCACGGCACCCAUCACGCUGCGGCUGCUGCUGACCCACAGCUCUGGCGUCGGCUACGACUUUCUGUCGCCCGAGCUGCUGCGCUGGACCGCUCAUGUCCAAUACAAUAGCAGCAGCAGCUCCCCCCCUCGAACGAUGCCCUCUCUGGACAAGACCCUGCCGAUCGAGCAGCGCUUUGCGGCGCCGCUGCUCUUCCAGCCCGGCGCCGGCUGGGUCUACGGUGCCGGGGUCGACUGGGCCGGCCGGCUGCUGGAACGGGCGACCGGCACCGCGCUCGAAACCCUCCUGAUCCACGACGUGCUCGUGCCGCUCGGCCUCCCUGCCGGUGCCCUCACCUUUUAUCCCGCGCGCUACCCGACAACAGAAGCCCGACUGGUGCGAUCGCUGCCCAUGCGCAGAACUGCCGGCUCCGCCGUCGUCGACCGGCCGUCGCCGCUCCUCGCCAGCACCGAUCCCCUCGGCCGGACUGCCGGCACCGCCAGCGGUGGAGGGGGCCUCUUUGGCGAUGCGCCCGCGUUCAUGCGCCUGCUCACGGCACUGCUACGCGAUGAUGGCCGCUUGCUGUCCUCUACCGCCCUCCUCUUCUCACCCCAGCUCCCGUCCGACGCCGCACGCGCUGCCCUCCUUCACAACACGCGGCCACCUCACUCGGCCUGGAUGGUCGGGGACAUUCCGCCUACGGAAGCCUAUGACUGGAGUCUCGGCGGCCUUUUGGUCACGCAGCCAACAAACCAUCCGUGGCGACGGCCGGCUGCUCUCCUCUGGAGCGGCGCCGUCAACCUCACGUGGAUUGUCGAUCGCCAGGCCGGCCUCUGUGCCCUAUUCGCCGCCAACUUCCUCCCCUCGGCCGACGUCCAGGGCCGCCAGCUGAUGCGCGCCUGGGAAGAGCACGUCUACGCCACAAUGGGCCACAGAGCGGAAAGCGGCAACCUGUAG